GUCUCUUAACACGUUUUUUCCCUUCCACGUUUUGGAAACAUGGGUUCAAUAAAUAACAUUUUGCUGGUCCUUCUGGCAGUACAAGGUUGGGCUGUGGAGCAGUCCUGGGGGUUUAAUGUGGGGACAGCAGGAGCCAAAGUAUUCUCAGGACCUGCGCUGGAGGAGUUUGGAUACACCAUACAGCAGUUCAGCAAUCACCAGGGAAAAUGGUUACUGGUGGGCUCUCCUUGGAGUGGUUAUCCUCAGAAUAGAAAGGGAAACAUUUAUAAGUGUGAGAUCCUGGGCCCUCAGGCAACCUGUGACAAACUCAACCUUCAGAACUCUGUCAACAUUCUCGAUGUGCAGAACAUCAACACAAAUAUGAGUCUGGGUCUGACCCUCACACGAAUAACCAAAAACAGUGCAUUCAUGACAUGCGGUCCUCUCUGGGCCCAGAGCUGUGGUAGUCAGUUUUUCUACCCAGGAUUGUGUGCAGAUGUGAGCCCUCUGUUCACUCCUCAACCUGCAUUCAUCCCUGCUCUUCAAACUUGUGGUGGUCCAGUGGAUAUCGCUAUUGUUUUGGAUGGAUCCAACAGUAUAUACCCCUGGCCUGAUGUUCAGAAAUUUCUUCACAAACUUCUGUCGAGUCUUGACAUCGGACCCGACAAAGCUCAGGUCAGUGUAAUGCAGUAUUCAGGAGAUCUGGUUUUUGAAUUCUAUUUGAACAAGUAUAAAACCAGAGAUGGAAUGCUCAAAGUUGCAGACACUAUGGAGCAGAAAACUGGACAAGUAACUAAUACAUUUGCAGCCAUUGAUGCUGCCAGAAAGUCAGCAUUUCUGCCUGAACAUGGUGGUCGCCCAGGGGCCACCAAAGUGAUGGUAGUGGUCACUGAUGGAGAAUCUGCUGAUGCUCAUCUGAGUGCAAAUGUCAUGGAGCGCUGUAACAAAGACAAUAUAAUUCGCUUUGGCAUUGCUAUCCUGAAAGAAAGUGCAGAUAUUAAGAAAUUUAUUGAGGAAAUUGAGUCAAUUGCCAGCAACCCAAAAGAAAAGCAUGUUUUCAACGUGUCAUCAGAGGCUGGUUUAGUUAACAUAGCAGGAACCCUUGGAGACCGGAUUUUCACCAUUGAGGGCACGGGGAAGGGUGAAGAUUUCCAGAUGGAGAUGUCUCAAGUUGGCCUCAGUGUUCACCAGACCAUGAAAGAGGAUGUAGUGAUGUUGGGGGCUGCUGGAGCAUAUGGAUGGAGUGGAACAGUUGUCCAUAAAAAUGCUCAGGGAUCAAAGAUUUUCCCUAAACAAGCAUUUGAAAGAAUCCUGGAUGACAAAAACCAGAUGCACAGUGCCCUGCUGGGAUACUCAGUGACCACACUGAUCGAUAGCUCCUCUGAAUACUACGUGGGUGGUGCCCCUCGUUCCAACCAUACUGGCCAGGUUGUGGUCUACGUCCUCAAUAGCCAGUGGCAGCCCAGAAUCAUAGACUCUCAGAGAGGAGAGCAGAUUGGCUCAUACUUUGGCAGUGUGAUUUGUCCUUUGGAUGUGAAUCGUGAUGGUAUUACUGACCUUCUGUUGGUUGGGGCCCCAAUGUACAUGAGUGAUCAGAAGAAAGAGGUUGGCAAAGUCUACGUCUUCUCCAUCACCAAAGGAAUCUUGGAAAGCCAAGGGUCACUGGAAGGUGCCUCUCCAUUGGUAAAUGCUCGUUUCGGGAUGGCCAUCACUGCUGUCCCUGACCUCAACUUGGACGGCUUCACUGACGUGGUUAUUGGAGCUCCAUUGGAGGGAAACAACCAAGGAGCCAUAUACAUAUACAAUGGAGAUAAUAAAACUAUCAGAAAACAGAGCUCGCAGAAAAUUUUGGGCACUAAACUGGACCCAGUAUUGAAGUUCUUUGGGCGUUCUUUAGAUGGCAGUGGAGACAUAAAUGGAGACUCCAUUCCAGAUGUGUCAGUGGGGUGUUAUGGAAAGGUAUUUCAGCUCUGGUCCAGGGGAAUUGCAGUUGUGACAGCCAAGGUCACAUUUACCCCAGACAAAAUCAGCAUUCUUAGUAAGACCUGUAGCUUCAGUGGAAGAAUGGUAUCCUGCUUCAGUGCUAAAGUCUGCUUCAGUGCAACAUUCAGACCUGCAAACCCAUUCAGCCCAGCAGACAUCAAAUACAACCUGACACUGGAUGCUGACCUCCAGUCAUCUCGAGUCAGUUCCAGAGGUCAGUUUGGCAACCUGGAGCGAGUCGCCCAGGGGGACAUCAGCGUGACUACAAAGGAAACCUGUGAGGACCAUCAGGUCUAUGUACAGGAGUCUCCUGACCUUGUCAACUCCAUAGCCGUGCGUGUAGAUAUCAGGCUCCAGAACCCAGACUCCAGUCCUGUCUUAGAUGUUUUCAGUCCCACUGCAUGGCAGUUUUUUAUUCCAUUUUCUAAGGACUGUGGUGUUGAUGAAGUAUGCUACUGUGACCUGGUUCUGAGCGCAGAGAGCCAGCCUCGGUCUGGUUCUACCCCCAUUGUGGUGACCUACACAGAAAAACGGUUGUCUUUCACUGUGACAGUGAUGAACAGAAGGGAGAAUUCCUACAACACAAGAGUCUCCACCCACUACUCCAGCAACCUUUUCUAUGCCUCUGUUACACCACCUAGGGAUGGCACAGAGGUGAAAUGCACCUCCGCCAAAGAUGCUGAAAUUCUGACGUGCCAAGUGGGCUAUCCUGCGCUCAGGACUGACCAAUCUGUUACAUUUGAGAUUAAUUUUGACUUUAAUUUUGGCCAUCUACAAAAAGAGGUAUCUGUGGUCUUUGAAGCCCAAAGUGACAGUACAGAGGAAACUCCAGCAGAUAACAAAGAGACAGUGCUCAUUCCCAUCCAAUACAACUCAGGGAUCAUUCUCAGUAGAGAGGCAAACAUGAAUGUUUAUUUGCUUGACAAAUUGGAAGUUGUUCCAACCAAGAUGAAAACAUUUAAUGACAUAGGCCCAGAGUUCACAUUCAGUCUGAAGGUGUCUGGAGGAAUCUUCCCAGUCAAACUGGCCUACCUUGAUGUGUCAUUUCCCAUCACUUCAAAACUAGGGAAUCCUCUGAUAUAUGUAACCUCUGUAACCACUGCACCUGCUCGUGAUGUUCAGUGUGAAACUGGCGCUCUGAUUGACCCGUUUAAGAUCAAAGACAAAGAGUAUACAGCAAGCUUCAAGCCGGAAAGCUUCAGAGGGAUUCAGGAACUGAACUGCGAGCGUGCAGCAUGCAAGCAAGUGAAGUGUGUGCUGAAGGGCAUAAAUGUGAAGAGCCUUUCCUACGUGAAUGUGACUGCAUGGAUAUGGAAUGGCACAUUUUCAAUGGCUGAUUUCCUCUCAGUUGAUCUGACUGUGAACGCAAAGAUUGAGACUUCACAGCCUGAUAUGAUCUUAAUCUACCACAAAGAUGUGAAGGUUAAUGUAACUGUGAGUAAACCAGGAGCAAAAGCAGACAUACCUGUUGGUGUUAUUGUGGGCAGUGUCAUUGGAGGCCUACUUCUACUGGCACUUCUUGUUGUAGCACUAUGGAAGCUGGGCUUUUUUAAGAGGAAAUUUGAGCAUUUACAGAGUGGACAAGACACUGCAGAAAGACAAGGACUGCAGGACAAUCAGCUGACAAGCACAGAUCCUGAAUCAUCUUAAAGAUAAUCAGCCAACAAGCACAGGUCCUGAAUCAUUUUUGGAGAAUGUGGAGUCACAUCACCUAUCACACACCAGUUUCAGAUAUGCCAAAAACAGAUCAGCCAAAGAGUCAAAGACAAAGAGAUGAGGGAAUAUGAAUCCCAGAUUUAAUAUUCUCACCAGGCAGUUUUAGUCAGUCCAGAUGAAAGCGCAAAGUUAGGGUUAAAACAAAAGCGUGGGUCCUACCAGAAAGCGAGGGCAAGCUUGAAUGUUGACCCUGUGACCCUGUGAACUGGUUUGACUGAGGGCAACCAGGCAAGUCUGAAUACUACAUGGAGCAAACAACAGGCCUGUUGUGCUGCCAUGGAAAAUCCACAUUUCCUGUUUUUUUCUCUUUCUGUUUUUUGUGUCUGUCUUCAACACUGGAUCUUUCAUAUGGGGGAUGAUCCCUCAGCAUUACUUAGUUAAUCUAUGAAAUGCAACUGGGACAGCAUAAGGGAUGGGGCAGCACACCAACAUUGCAACAAUAUUAUUCCUUUAUUUCCUUUUCUGUUUCAAUCUUAUUUUUAAAUAAAUACUGUAAAUAUUGUUUAAAAUACAAGAUAGAAAAUGUAAAAUGUAGGUAUGGAGAUCUAAUCACUUGUAAAACAAUAUAAUGAUAUUGAACAGAUUAGGGACCAUAUAAAGGGCUUCAGAUUUAUUUAGUUGAAUAAGUUGCAUAAACCCCAAACAGUGGACAAUUUAAUACCUUUUCUAUACCUUUACAGCAAACACUGAAAUGAACAUUUUUAAAAAUGCCACGAAUAACUAAGCAGUUUUAAUCAGUGGCUAGUGACAGUUGCAAACCUUAGGAAAAAAAUUGUUUAAUGUAAAACAUUGUGGUUUUAUUGGUAUGCCUGUAAAUGUAAUUAUUAUGUAGCCCAGGAGAAAUGUGUUUGUAUACAUCAAACCUGGAGUGAUGAACAUACUGUACUUGGUACUCAUGUCAAUUAUUUUCUCCUUUAAAUCACAGAGCAACAUUGUUCAUUUCUCUUUCUCAGGAACACUUAAAGAUGAUGGAUGUUGCCUCUGACUUAAGACUACUAUGACUCUUUGUUCUGGACUAUUUAUAGACUAUAACACCAUUGUACCUUCUACUGAGUGCGUUGUACAUUGCACACAUACAGGCUCUCUGUGUCUUAAAGGCAAAGCUUGGAACCCUUUGGGUGUCAGGCACUUUGAAAAGCAGCUGAAGACAGUUUUUCUUUAGCAAUUCAUUUAUUUUAUUCAUUGCAUGUGAAACUUUACAAUUCUGUUCUUUAUUUCCUAUGUUCAUUUUCCAUGAUGCUACACAUUGGUAUGCAUUUGUAUUUUUAUGUCAUCCGUGAUACACCACAGUGAGUUACAUUUAACCAUUAAGAUUAUUAUUAAUUACAUUAAACAAAGUCCCUCUUUUGCAGCCUAUCAAUCAGAGGCAAUAUGCAAAACAUUUGUGGUUUUAACAGAAAUAGGACUAAUAUGAAAAUUACUGUGUUUGCAUACAUUUACUAGCAAAGACUCAUCCUCACACACUGAACUUAAGGGUCUUUUAAGACUUAUCAGGGAAGAGCACUGGACAUGCACCGAAUGCUAUAAAUGUUUACAAAUUAAAUUUUGCACUGGAAUGGUAUUUCUCUAGAAAUACUGCAGAUAGAGUACUGCUUUUUGUUACUAAAGACUUUACUGUAAUUCAUUUGGCAAUAAUUAAAUCCGUUAACUGCUUUAAAGCAUUGCGGUUUUCAAUAAAAUUCUACAUGUAUAUUCAA